GGGUUGUUUUCUCUUAUUCUGUGGAUAUGCUGUUGGAAUUUUUAAUCAAAUUAUAUUAGAUCUUUAAAACAGUUUUGGAAGUAUGGCCAUUUUCACUAUAUUGUUUCUUCCUACCCAGUGAUAAGGGACAUCUUUCAAUUUUCUGAUAUCCUCUUCAAUCUCCUUUUUCAGAAUAGUGUAGUUUUCAAUGUAGAGGUCUUUUACUUCCUUUGUUAGGUUGAUUCUUAGGUAUUACAUUUUUUGCAUGCUAUUAUGAAAGGUGUUGUUUCCCUAAUUUCUCAGUGAGUUUCUUAUUCAUGUACAGGAAGGCCAUUAUUUUUGAGUGUUGAUUUUGUAUCCAGCUACACCACUGAAUUUUCUUAUUAAAUCUAGAAGUCUUUUUUGGUGACAUUUUGGGAGUCUUAUAUGUAGAGUAUCAUGUCCUCUAUAAAUAAUGAUAAUUUAACUACUUCAUUUCCUAUUAUGAAUUUUCUUUCUCUUGUCUAAUUGUUCUGGCUAAAGUUUCUAUAACUAUAUUGAAUAAGAUAAUGAACAUUCUUAUCUUGUUGAUCUUAUUAUUUGGCCAUGCAUACUUAACUGUUUCUUUGGCCUUGUCUCCUCCGACUUAAAGCUACAUGCUUACCCCAAGAUGAGAAUGCCUGAUGUCUAUCAGGGGCCUUUAGACAGACCCUCUGGAGAAUCUCUGACUACUGUUCAUAGUCAGAAUGGUCAUUGCGUCUUACCCUCUCAUGGUAGUUAGGGUUACCUCUCCAGAAAGGACAAUAUUAUAAAUAGCUGAGUUAGGUAGAAACAUUAUAGGCAGUUGGGCUGGGUCCUCCAGAGUAAGGGCAAAGAUGAAAACACUGCGACUAUGGCUAAAGGUGUGCAUCUGCUGGAGGCCAGCCUCAUGAUAAAAACAGAAUGACCAGGCUUGAGAUAAAUGUAACAACUGGUCUAACGAAGUCUAGGUAGACACUGGGCACCUUGGUGGGUGAUCAAGAGCCUUGGACUCACUAAACAGUUCUUUGUUUUUCCAUGUACACGUGCAAUGUGACUGGCUCCCCACUGGACCAAUAUUACCUCAGAAGCUAUACCUACAAUCUUAUUGAUUAUAACUGUAAUCCAUGUUGUACCUACAUGGUUGUGCUCUAUAAAACUUCCCCCUAAGGAGUGGAGUCCUCAGGAACUCACUUUCUGGUUCCCUCCUCUCAGGAGCUAAAAUCUCUCCCCUCAAUGAAUAUUUUCUACUCUUAAUAUACGUUGUUUUUUAGAAUUCAUUCGAUUUGGGAAACACAAACUUGGCAUAUCAGACAUCUAGCAGAUGGGAGUUACAAUAUUUUCUUUGUAUCUUAGAAGUCCUGAUACCAUUUCUAUAACAAAAUGAAGCAGGUUUUUGGAAGAUCAGCCUAGAUCUGACAUCAGCCUGAAGAAUGAGAGUAAAUUCUCUCAGUGGCUCACUCUCACUUUGCAGAGGGUACGUCUUCUACUUUUAGUAAAUGUAGAAACCUUCCUACCUUUGUCUUGUCCAGUUCUUUGCUAAGACUAAGUACCUGGCAAGAGUGUACUGAACCCAUAAAUCUAACAACAGUGGUGCAGGACUAUAAUCUUGUGUUUCCCAAAAAAUAAGGCCCAGGGCCAGGGAUUUAGCUCAGUGGCACAAGUGCCUGCUUGGCAAGUAGGAGAUCAUGAGUUCAAUCCCUGAAAUAACAACAACAAAAAGGCCCAACUAGAGAUUAAAUAUACCAGGCCCAAUCAGCUUGUCCUCACCUUACUUGCCAUUACAGAGUAGUCACUGAGCAAGAGAAUAGUGAGGUAUAAUCACUGUUCUCUGACACUGGCCCUCUCCAUGGUGCAACCAGCUAUUAAUUACAGUGGAGGUUUUUUUUCUGGGUGGGUAUUAUUUGGGAGGAAAUAAAGUUCCAGUGCUCUAGGAGGCUGAGGGAGGAGAAUCAAAUUUCCAGCCUAGCCUGGGCAAUUUGGUGAUUUAGUAAGACCCUGUCUCAAAUAAUAAGGAGAGAGGGCACUAUGGAUGUAGCUUAGUUGGUAGGCACAGGAUUCAAUCUUCAGUUUCAAAAUAAAAUAAAACAGCAUCGACCAAAAAGGGUUCAUGAUACAUUUUAAGUGAAAAGUUAGUUGUAAAACACUAUACGCAUAUUAUCAUGUACUAGGUCUAAGAUUCCCAAAGCUAGGAUAAGGAACUUAACCCACCCUAAACAAAGAAAGUUGGAGGCUCACUGACUCCUGCUACAAAAAAGAAUUUUCAGGAAGCAUCAAUAAGAGGCAGAGGAACAAAGUCAAAGAAAUAGACCUUAGGAGAAAGAUCAGAGGAGAGGGAGGAAAGGAAGAGAGAGAGAACAGGCAACAGUAAGAGCUGGAGCUGAGGUUUUGGGGGCAUUUUCAAGACAAGGGGGAUCUAGGAUGUAUGUUCCCACUGUCAGAAUACAAACAAUUUACAUAUGUUUAUAAGUUGAGAUCUGCUGCCCACUAACAUUGCUGCUUCCUUGAGAGCAGAGGAUGCACAAUUUACAGGUGAAAUCGACAGGUCCAAAGCCCUGUUUAUAGGCUUACUGUGUCUUUUGGACCUUUAGGAAUUUUUUGAGGGAGUUUCUUGGAAAGGAAAAGGCCUUGAGUAAUGUUUGUGUCCUAAAUUCGCAGUUUCUCUUAAAAGCAAUUUUUGUACCCAAUUUUUACAAUUAAAUUUAUUGGUACAAUUUAGAUAUACAUAAUUAUCAUUCAUCAUAGGGAAUUUGUACCUGUAGAUGUUAUAUCUCGAGUCCCUUCUUGCCUGCCCUCACUUACAAAGCUUUGUUUCUGUUUUAUUAUUUUUCUCCCCUCCUCCCAAUUUCCCUUUCCUUUUGAACAAUUUCUUCCUAUGUCACAAUUCCUAUUAUACAUUUUUAUGCUUUUUUACACUUUGUUUCUCACACCAGAGACAAUAUAUUUACACAUGUCUGGUUUAUUUCACUUAAGAGUAUGGUCUCAAGGUGCAUCCAUUUAACUACAAAUGCAUCAUUUAUCCUUUUUUAUGUUCUCUCCAUUAUAUGAAAAACACACAAAAGUAAAAUUUUAAAAUCCCAAUUUACUUGUCUCUUUUAUGCUUAUUUAUGUCUUCAGUCCUACCUCAGUAUGAUCAUGGUGUUACAGUACAAAGUUUGGUUCUGCUCGCCAUAUGACUGCCAAUAUUUAGAAGUGAGAACCGGUGUCAAGGAAAUCAGAUUUUAUUAUGAACUAGCUUGGUUGUGGGCACCCUAAUGAUGAUCUCAAAGAAUUGUGGAACAAGAUAAGUUUUCGGAGGAAGUGGAUUAGUCAACACAGGCCAGGUGCUGCUGAGUAGUUUUCUAGCCACAGGAUGAAGGUCAUUUGUCAUUCGAGCAAUGUUUUCUCUUCAGUCCUGCCUCAAAAGACCUUGUCUCCUCUCUUCCCCUCCUGCAAGUCUUUGGAUUUUUAUGCACAACAACAUUAUUCUUCCUUCCAUUAGCAAGUCCUUAGCACACAUUUCAAUGUUAUUUAAAGACCACUAGGUGGUCCAAAUCCUGAAAAACUACUCAUUAGGUUGGGGGAACCAAUGUUUUUUCCUUUGUCCCGCCCCUUCUCCCUGGAAUACUUCACUAUAGUAGUCAAGACCACAGCCAUUUGAAGUUCAGUACUUUAAAAAAAUCUUUUAGGAUUUACAACGCAGGGCAAAAGAGGAAAGCACAAGGGCCAGUUCCAUAAGAUAAUUCCAAACAAGAGGAUGUAAGCCACUGAUAUUGUUAGAAAUAAUGUGCACAUAAAAAGAUGUGCACGUAAAAGAACGUCCUAGGUAAAGUUCAGGUAGUGGCCAGAGACGAGAAGGUGCUUUCUUUUAAAUUUUUUUUUACAUACAAAAUUUCCUUUAUUAUUUUGAAACAGUGUCUUGCUAAGCUGUCCCUGGCACUGGUGGCUCUUUCUUUCCUAUUAAACACUACAUUGCUCAACUGUCUUUUUCCUGUUUCUAGAAAAUAACUAACCAUGCUUGUCGCUGUUACUCUAGGUGAACUCAGUGGUGAGAUGAUCGUACACUCCACGGUAGCAAAGAUCUCAGAACCUCUGUGGCUCUCCCUGUGGAUCUCCUGCUCUAAGAUGCAGGGGUGACUGUAGUAGCAGCAGCUAUUCACCCCAAAUGAGGAAGAUCCUCUCAAUGAGGGUCUCCAAAGCAGGGUCUGAACUCAGUGCCCGCGCCUGGUGCUUCAAUGCAAGCCCGGGAACCCCGCGCCCGCUCGGAGCUCCCCACCACCGCGACCCCCGCCCCUCUGCGCAUGCGCACCCGCCUCCCCGCGCGUCCGCUGCGGCCCCGGGUCCCCCGUGGAAAAGCACGCCCAACCUCCGGGUCCGUGCUGUGAGGGAGCGCCGAGUGAGCCGGACCCCAAAUUGCUAAUAAAUCAAUAAGAAAUGUUUACAUUCACUCAGUGAAAAGUAUCAUGUCUAAGCUCAACGUAUAUCGGAGUCAACAUGGACAUCUCUCCCUCCUCCACUAAGAGCGGAAAAUGAGCAAAUCACAGGAACAAGUGUCAUUCAAGGAUGUAUGUGUGGACUUCACUAAGGAAGAGUGGUGUCUGCUGGACCCCACUCAGAAGCUACUGUAUAGGGAUGUGAUCCUGGAAAAUUACAGCAACCUUGUCUCAGUAGGGCAUUGCAUUGCUAAGCCAGAAGUGAUCUUCAAGAUAGAGCAAGGAGAGGACCCCUGGGUGUUGGAGAAGAGAUUCCCAAGCCACCACAACCCAGAGAGGAAGUGGAAAGCUGAUGACCUGUUAGAGAGCAGCCAGGAAAAUCAAGCUGAACCUUUUUGGCAGCUCAUAUUCACCAACAGCAAAACAGUAAGUGUGGAAGGUGAUGACAGAAUUCGAAGAACUUUCAGUCUGGACACAAACACCAUUUCUUCAAGAAAUUUCCCCUUCAAAAUAUGUGGCUCAUGUGAAAUGAGUUUGAAAAACAUUUCAGGCUUAAUUAUUAAUAAAAAAAACUAUUCCAGAAAGAAGCCUGAUGAGUUUAAUGUAUGUGAGAAACUACUCCUUGAUUUUAGGCAUGAAAAAAUUCCUACUAGAGAGAAAUCUUAUAGUUAUGAUCCAAAAAGGAAUGUCCUCAGUCAUCAGGAUCUCACUCAACCAAUUUUUGAUAAACCUUUUGAAUAUAACGAAAACAGUCCAGGCUUCCAUGAGCAGAUGACCUUUUUUACAAAUCAGAAGUCCCAUAUAGGGGAGACACUCUGUAGAUACACUGAAUGUGGAAGAAUGUUCAACAGCUUAAAGCUCAAUAUAUCCCGGAGAACUUGUUUGGAUAUGGAGCCACAUGAAUGCAGUAUCUGUGGGAAGGCCUUCUAUGUGGACUUACAGUUCGAACAUCAGAGAACUCUUACCGAGGACAGCCUUUAUGAGUACAAUGAAUAUGGGGAAAUCUGUGACAAUUCAACUUUCAUUACCCAUCAGGGAGCUUACACAACAAAGAUUCCCCAAGAAUAUAAAGUGAAUGAUAAAACUUGGGAAAAAUCAGCGUUCUUUAAAAAUCAGAUAGUACACUCAGGGGAAAAACGUUUUGAGUACCAUGAAAAUGGGAAUAAUUUCAGCAAGAAGCCACAUCUAACCCAGUCUCGGAGAGGUCACUCAGGAGAAAAAACCUUUGAAUGUGGUGAAUGUGGCAAAACUUUCUGGGAGAAGUCAAACCUCACCCAGCAUCAGAGAACACACACAGGAGAAAAGCCCUAUGAAUGCUCUGAAUGUGGGAAAGCCUUCUGCCAGAAACCACACCUUACCAACCAUCAGCGAACACAUACAGGAGAGAAACCCUAUGCCUGUAAGCAGUGUGGAAAAACUUUCUGUGUGAAGUCAAACCUCACUGAACACCAGAGGACACACACAGGAGAGAAACCGUAUGAGUGUAGUGCAUGUGGGAAAUCCUUCUGUCAUAGAUCAGCCCUCACUGUCCAUCAGAGGACGCAUACAGGGGAGAAGCCCUUUAUAUGUAAUGAGUGUGGUAAGUCCUUUUGUGUGAAGUCAAACCUCAUUGUACAUCAAAGAACUCACACAGGGGAGAAACCUUAUAAAUGUAAUGAAUGUGGGAAGACCUUCUGUGAAAAAUCAGCUCUUACUAAACAUCAGAGAACUCAUACAGGAGAGAAGCCCUAUGAGUGUAAUGCAUGUGGGAAGACCUUUAGUCAGAGGUCAGUACUCACUAAGCAUCAGAGAAUUCACACAAGGGUUAAAGCUCUUCCAACAUCCUGAGUGUUCAGAAACCUUCAAAGACUCAGAUUUACUGUACAGUUUUAAAAUGAGAUUAGAGAAAGCCAAAGAAUGUCACAAAACUAGGAAAUAACUUCACAUUUAAAUAUGUAAAAGCUUUCAAGACAAAUAACUUUACUGGAAAAUUUGUACUGAAGUGAGGUCUAUUAAUUUAAGUAAUACUGUAAAAAUCUUUUAACAUGUCAUCUGCCAGAUAUAUAUAUGGCAAUAUUCAUUUUCACAAUGGAAUCUGUAGCUUACAAAAACUGAAUGACAGUAACAUUAAGCAUAUGCGAAGAGUCCCUGAAGUUUAUAGGCCUCAUGUGAGUAUGCCAAUGUAACAAAAAUUUGGGAUAUAUUAAUUCAUAUGUUGGAGCCCAUGAGCCCUUAUUUCACUAACUUAUAAUAUAUAUUAAUAUUUUCCACCUACAUUCCACCAAUGUCUUUGUAUGUUCUUAGGAUUAUAUAUGUAUGUGUACAUAUAUGUGAAUGUGUAUAUAUGUAAAUAUAUUUGUUCACACAUACUUAGACAUUCAGUGAUACCCUCAUGUUACCUCAUACUGACUUAAAAGUACUGCUGAUUGUUUUCAGGAAUAUUGUAAGCCGGUUGUUAAACAUGGUCAUUAUUUAAAAUUGUAUACAUUUACAGUUCUAUUUCAAGAGGUAAUAUUCAUCACUUCCUAAUAAUGUUGCCACAUUUCACAGUUACCUGUGUGGUUCAGGUUACUUAGUGUACAGUGAGACUACACUAUGAUCACGUGCUACAGCAUGUGUCUUCCCAGCACGUGCUGGUGGCUUCACCUUAAUAAGAAUAUUUACACUGUGGGAAUCGGAAAACUCUACAUUUUAGAGUUUUUGUUUCCUUAGAGAACUACUAUCACAUAUUGAUAAGCAUCCCUAUUUGUAUAUAAAAAGAUUGGGCAGGUUUGAAGUACAAACCUCAUACCCCCUUUUUUGUUUUCUGAAAUAAAUAAAUGAAUAUGGGCAUUAUUACUGAAUUGCCUCUUCAAUAAAAAAGCCAAAAGAUGUUGUUGUGAGGUUUUUAACUACCUCUCCACCAGUGCAAUUUUAAAUGCUACCAGAGUCUCUCUACAGGUUGACCAUGUGUAUUUUUAAGUGAAAUACUUUUUUUUUUUUACAAAGAACCAUGUCACCUGCUUUUGGCUAUUUCCCAAUGUAGCUGAAGAUAGCCAGUAUUACCAAACUUCAGUGAAGAAUUUAAACAGUAUUUUUCUUUUUUAGUUUUUUCAGCUGUCUCUGGCUCAGUCAUACAAACACUAUUAAUAAGGAUGGUGUCCACACUAUCAUGCAAAGGUUAACAUCAGUUCUAAACAGCGCUCAACUCCACAGAUGAAAAGUGGUGGUAUGUAAUGACAUGCCCCGUUCAUAUUCUUGGCAUCUCAUUGUGGCUCAUUUCAGGCACGAUCUCUGUAACCCCAGCUCUGUGUAGGCCAGGAGAUGUGUGCUUGUACUUAGGAGUCAGUGUUACCGUGCAUCUCCACCUCCCUUGUUCUGUGCUGUGUUCUCUGGGAACACAUUGGUACGGGUUCCAAAAGACACUGCCUACCUGAUGCUUCCUUGCUGAGCUGUUUUAGCCGUUUGUCCAUCUCCCCUCAGAUGCCUUGGGUUGGAUCCAGGGUGAACAUGUGAACAAUGAGUUGUUUUGGGGUGGAUACUCUCCUGUACUUCUGGGAAUGAUUUUGGUUACAAAGUAAAGAAAUGAAAUCUGAAAGACAUGAGAAGAGAUUGUCCCUCUUCACUGGACUUUUUCACAUCUCCAUGGGAUAUGGCUGUGUGGCCUUGUUGGACACUGACUUGGAAGACAGUGCAGAGUGGGAGAAGUUGAUCCUGACAUGAGGUCACCGAGCUGCUCAAUUCCACCUGCUGUCGUCUGGGCUCUCGUAUCACCCCUGAUAAAUAAUAACGCUCUUCUUAUUCUUAGGACUUUCUGAUACUUAAAGCUGAAGGCUGAUCCAGAGGAACACUUUCUAAGUCUUAAUAUUCUGUACAGUGCUUUGGGGGAAAAAGUAUUUAUUUUCACAAGUUGAUACAAGGAUGGAUGUUUGUAUAGGGCCUAUACAGCAGGGAAGAAAAACAACUAAAAGAUUUUUACUCGCAGACUUACUACCAUGGUGUGGGCCAGAAACAAGGAAUAUUGACACACCUAGAAAAUAGUGUCUGCAGGAAGGCAUUUCAGCUCCGAGUCCUUCGGGACAAAGAUGGAAACACCAUUAGCAGAGCCCCAUGAGAACUGCUGUCAUCACUAUCACUUAAUAGAACCACCUGCCAGAUUGCUACUGCCUCCCGUGAAGAACCCAAGCAGAUGCAUUUCAGGUGAGCCCCAGUGGACACUGAAAGGUAAAGGGAGAGUCCGGGUGGAGGAAAUGUAAAGUAAGCAGCAUGGCAUUUUUAAUUUCUGUAAAUUCCUCUGUAAAAGGCUCAGGAUGAGAAAUAAAAUUAUAAUGUUAGCUGAAA